AUGUUGUUGUUACAGGAUGUUGUUGGAGAAGACACAAAAACGGUGACUUUUUCCUUUUUAAACACCUCCGCCUCACCUCCUCCUCACCUCCUCCUCACCUCCUCCUCACCUCCUCCUCCCUCACCUCCUCCUCAGCUUCGCCUCACCUCCUCCUCAGCUCCUCCUCACCUCUCCCUCACCUCCGCCUCACCCCAGCCUCACCUCCUCCUCACCUCUCCCUCACCUCCGCCUCACCCCAGCCUCACCUCCUCCUCACCUCUCCCUCACCUCUCCCUCACCUCCUCCUCAGCUCCUCCCUCACCUCCUCCUCACCUCCUCCUCACCUCCUCCUCACCUCUCCCUCACCUCUCCCUCACCUCCUCCUCAGCUCCUCCCUCACCUCCUCCUCAGCUCCUCCUCACCUCUCCCUCACCUCUCCCUCACCUCCUCCUCACCUCCCCCUUAAACCCCUCUCUCCUCAGCUCCUCCUCACCUCCUCCUCACCUCUCCCUCACCUCCGCCUCACCUCCUCCUCACCUCCUCCUCACCUCCUCCUCACCUCUCCCUCACCUCCGCCUCACCCCAGCCUCACCUCCUCCUCACCUCCUCCUCACCUCCUCCUCACCUCUCCCUCACGUCCUCCUCACCUUCUCCUCACUCCUCCUCAGCUCCGCCUCACCUCCACCUCACUUCCUCCUCAGUUCCGCCUCACCUCCUCCUCAGCUCCUCCUCACCUCUCCCUCACCUCCUCCUCUCACUUCCGCCUCACCUCCUCCUCACCUCUCCCUCACCUCCUCCUCACCUCCUCACCUCUCCCUCACCUCUGCCUCACCCCAGCCUCACCUCCUCCUCAGCUCCGCCUCACCUCCUCCUCACCUCUCCCUCACCUCCUCCUCACCUCCUCACCUCUCCCUCACCUCCUCCUCACCUCCUCACCUCUCCCUCACCUCUGCCUCACUCCAGCCUCACCUCCUCCUCACCUCCACCUCACCUCCUCCUCACUCGUCCUCACCUCCCCAUCACCUCCUCCUCACCUCUCGUCCUCACCUCCCCCUCACCUCCUCCUCAGCUCCUUCUCACCUCCUCCUCACCUCCCCCUCACCUCCUCCUCCGCUCCUUCUCACCUCCACCUCACCUUCUCCUCACCUCCGCCUCACCUCCGCCUCCUCGGUCCUGUCUGCUCUCUGCGUUCCAGCCGCUGCCCCUCUGCCCCUCUUUCCACUGGGCUUGUUUACAGUAAGCAGGUUUGGGCCAUGA